AUGGGCAACGGCACCACCGGGGCCGCGCCCUGCAACGGCACCGCGCUGCCCCCGGCCCCGCCACCGCCGGCCGCCGGGCACAACAUCGCCGCCCUGGUGCUGGGCAUCGUCCUCAUCCUGCUCAUCGUGGGCGGCAACGGGCUCGUCUGCCUCAGCGUCUGCACGGAGCGGGCGCUGAAGACCACCACCAACUACUUCAUCGUCAGCCUCGCCGUCGCCGACCUGCUGCUCGCCCUGCUCGUCCUGCCCCUCUAUGUCUACUCCGAGUUCCAGGGAGGUGUGUGGUCCCUCAGCAUGGUGCUGUGCGAUGCUCUGAUGACCAUGGACGUGAUGUUGUGCACAGCCUCCAUCUUCAAUCUCUGUGCUAUCAGUGUGGAUCGGUUUAUCGCUGUUUCAAUCCCCCUGAACUACAACCGGCGACAGAUCGACCUGCGGCAGCUGAUCCUCAUAUCCACCACCUGGAUAUUCGCCUUUGCCGUCGCAUCCCCCGUCAUAUUUGGCCUCAACAGUGUCCCAAACCGGGACCCCAGCUUGUGUCAGCUGGAGGAUGACAACUACAUCAUAUACUCCUCCAUCUGCUCCUUCUUCAUCCCGUGCCCCGUCAUGCUGGUGCUCUACUGCGCCAUGUUCCAAGGACUCAAGCGCUGGGAAGAAGCCCGGAAGGCCAAGCUCAGGGGCGGCAUCUACGGGGCCAACAGGAAGCUCUAUCACCCUGGAACUUUCAUUGCGAGCGAGCAGACCAGGCUGGAGCCAGAUGAGUGCAACCCCUAUGUCCUCUCCAGCCACCCAGGAGACUGUGGGAUGAGCAAUGGGAUCCAGACUGUCUCCUACUCCCACCUCAAAUACCCACACCCGGGACACAGUCGGAAGCAGGCCAAGAUCAAUGGCCGGGAGCGGAAGGCCAUGCGGGUGCUGCCUGUCGUUGUUGGUGCUUUCCUCUUCUGCUGGACUCCUUUCUUCGUGGUCCACAUCACCAAGGCUCUCUGCAAGUCCUGUGCUGUUCCCACUCAAGUCACCAGCACCGUCACCUGGUUGGGUUAUGUCAACAGCGCCGUCAACCCCAUCAUCUACACCGUGUUCAACGCCGAGUUCAGGAACUUCUUCCGCAAGGUCUUGCACCUCUUCUGCUGAGCCCUGGGACAGGGCCGGGCGGGUGGGGUUUUGUAUAGUUCAUUAAAGUUCUAUUUCUGUCUAA